AUGGACGAAGAGGAGGUGACGUUUGGCGGGGAUGCAUCAGAGCAGCCAUCGCUGUCAGAGUCGCAGCACGCUGGUGCGGGUCAGGAAGCGUGCAUCUGUUGCCCGCUGGAUCGCCUGGGGGAGCGCUACAAGUUCUGCGAUAUCCACAAGCGUUACUACGACACGCUGGAGUGGAAGAUGGCGAGAGCCAAGACGGCGACAGAUGAGUCCAAGGCAGAGUGGGAGGAGCGAGCGGAGGCCAAGAAGGACGACACCUCCCUGGCUGAGAAGAUCAACGCGUUUGCUGAGGCGAACCCUUCUGAUAAGAAGUACGCCAGGAAGAACAUCAUUCAAUCAAGCCAGUUUCAGAAAUCGCACAAGUCCGACACGUUCACCACCGACAGAGACGUCGACAAACCAAUGACCCGGCAAGCCUUCCAUUGCCACUGUAUGACCGUGCUGGGCCUCACUGAGAGUGAGGAGACAGAGUGGUGGGAGGAGCUGGACUCGAACCCCAGGGUGGACAGGGACAACAAGGGUUUCAAAGGUCGAAAGCAGCUCUGGAUUCCCGUCGGUCCUGAGCGCGAGCGGGGGAGCCGCAGGAGCAUCGAGAACGCCUUCGUGGAGAAGGGCGCGGAGCAGAAGAACAUGUCCGAGGGCGAGGCCGACUCGAUCAAGGAGUUCGUCCAGGAGUCGACUGCUUCGACUGCUGACGGGUUCUUCACGAACAAGUUGGAGCUGCAAAGGGUGAUGAAGAGAAAAGAUGUCCUCGAACAAACGUCUGGUGGCAAGAAAGACUCACCGCGAGAUCCUGGAUCAAGUUCUGGGAAGAAGAGGCGAACCAUCAAGUCCUACGUGAUCGAGCGCGACAUCCCGAAGGUCCACGGCACCAUGACGACAGACCUCGUGAAGAUCGACAACAUGUUCUCAUCGAACAAGGCCAAGGUGGAGCAGAUCAUGAACAUAUUGAAGGCCAUCCCCGUGACGGAGACGAACGACGACAAGCCACUGUUGUCAUACAUCAGGAGUCUCCAGUCUCGUUGGCAGCUCGCUCUCAAAUGGAAGGGCCUGCACAAGGUCGUCAAGCUGUUCAACCUCGGCGCGGACGAUGGCAAUUCCGCUGCGACAUCGCCUGGAUGCGCGUCUGCUGCCUCGACUCCUGGCGGAUGUUCGCCUGCGAUCCUGUCAGACACUGAGAUGGUGGAGAUAUCGUUGAAGGAUCUCGCCGAGAGGGAGAAGGCCAGGAAACCGUUCGGAGGCGACCCGGCGAACAUCAAGUCGCGCAUCGAGAUGCAGACCAUGCAGGAGGAGGGCAUCUGGGAAGUCAACACGUCCGAUGAGCUCGGCUACUUCAUGGAGACAUGGGAGCAGUGCAUCUCCAUCGCCACCGAGCUGAUUGGAUCUGUCAAGACUACAUGCGGGUAUAUCGAAUCUCAUGUGACACAGAAGAGGAAACGAGUUGAACGCGAGAGGAAGGAUCAGGAGAAGAAGGCCCAGCAGUUGGCCCUCCAGAAAGUCAGAGAGGAGGCGGCGCAGGCGGCAGCUGCGAUCAGGGCCAAGGCCAAGCAACCACUUCAAGAUGAAGUUCAGACGAGAAGGCCGAUCUUCGAGGCUACGUGGGCUGAUGUGAAACGUGUGGAUAUCAUCGCCGAGGUGCCUGACUGCGACUCUGAGACAUGGAACUCGCCCUUCCUGGUGCAGGAGUCCGACAACAUCACGCUCCUCGUCGGCAACAGUGGCCUUCAGAAGGAGCUGGCCUCGUGGGCGACGGCUUUCAGGAACGCCGUGGAAGAGAGAGGCCAGAAGCAACUCGUUGGUCUAGGGAAGGCGGCGGGCAACGGCUUGACUGAGGUUCAGGCUUUCUUCGACACGUGGAAGCCGCCUACGAUCGACAUCAGCUCUGUGGACGGCGGCUCCGCGUUCAUGAACUCUGUUUGGAAGCUGGGGUACAAGGAGACGAUGAUGUGGUCGGGCUUCACGCCGAACUGCGUCGCCAUGGAAAGGCUUCUCGCUGCUGGCAAGGUUCACAGUCUCCUGAUUGAUACCAAGGCGCUCUUCGAGGCCCUCAGCAGUGAGACUUGCCCUGAUAUCCUCAAGAAGAUCGCGACACCAGCCGACCCGUCAUCUACCAUCGAGGCGAUCACCACCCUCGACGACAGCGGCUUGAAGGAGAUUGUCGCGUCGGGAAUCCCCAUCGUCAAAGCGACGCAGACGGCCAAGAGCCUACUGUACGUCCCAGUUGGCUGGAUCGUUGUGGAGAUGUGCGAGAAAGGCGAACAGCUGAACUACGGGAUCCGCAAGAGCACAGUGGCGGCGGGUGACGUCGCGAAGGAGCGGUACGUUGCCGUCACUAAGCUGUUCGAGCUUAUGAAAAAGGACACCUCGAGGAUGAACGCCAUCCUCGAUCUUAUGUAG